AUGGCUCACGAGUCGCGUGACAAAGUCACAGUGGAUAGUUUAACCGGCGGGGUCAUCAACGUAUGCCUCAACGAGACCGUUCCAACGUUCCUCGACACAUCGGGGUUCUGGAAACUGGCACGACCGGAGAACGAAAACAAUCCCACGUUCAUCCACUACGUUCCUUACUACAUCGUACAAUUGGCUGCCAUCAUGUUCGGCACUCAGAUUGUUGCAGCCAUCCUCAAAUCGUUGCGCCUCCCCCGCUUAUCCGUGGAAUUGCUGAGUGGAAUUUUGAUUGGUCAGGGGUUGCAAACAUGGUGUAGAAUUUAUGCCAUGCCUACCAAUAGCCUCAAGGUGCUAGACACAGUUGGACAUGCGAGCCUCAUUUUCUAUGUAUUCCUAGUGGGGCUAGAGAUCGACCUAUUCAGGGUUCGACACGUGGGAUGGGAGGCGGUGUACACGGGUCUAACUGGGACCGUACUUCCUCUCUUGAUUGGGUUCGUCGAAUUCUUCAUAAUGGCAGCCGAUCCAAGAUACACGAAUUUCUUCACCCCGAAGUUUUGGGAGAAUCUGGAUCCAGUCAAGCUGACUGGACCCAUCUUCUGGGGAGUCGCCCUCACGGUCACCAGCUUCCCUGAUCUCGCCAGGAUACUCUCAGACCUCAAGAUCCUGCACACCGACAUCGGGAGGUUGGCCCUGUCGUCCUCCAUCGUCAGCGAGCUCACGACGUGGAUCCUGCUCGUCGUCGCGCUAACGCUGAACAAUGGCACCCUGAACCCUCUGUACCUCCUCCCAACGUUCGCCUUCUUCGUCGCCUCCUGGUUCCUCGUGCGCCCCGCGGUCACCUGGGUUCUCAGGCACGCGGACGAGACGGACAACAAGUUCCUCCUCCACUUCACCAUCCUGGGCGGAAUCCUGACCUCGUCGGUCAUCACCGAGGCCUGUGGGGCCAACUCCGUGAUCGGCGCCUUCGUGUUCGGGCUCAUCAUCCCCAAUGGGGAUAUGUCUGUGAGGCUCAUGGAGAAAUUCGAGGACUACAUCAAGGGGGUUUUGAUGCCUGGAUUUUUCAUGGAUAAUGGGGCUAGAACUAGUUUGAUGACCAUCAUCAACCCCAUAUAUGAGACACAUCCACUUACCAUUUUCCUCCUCAUAGUUUUAGCUUGGUCUACUAAGAUCAUCAAUACUUUUGUUUUCUCCAAAUUGGGAGGAAUGACUACUCGUGAAGCCUUCACUCUUGGAGCCCUCAUGAACACAAAAGGGGUUCUAGCUUUAAUCGUCAUCAACACCGGCCGUAACAACCAGGGCUUCAACCAACUAAUGUUCGUGGUGCUAAUACUUUCAACGUUAGUGAUGUCUGUAACUGUAAUGCCCUUGGCCAAAGCAACAAACAAGUCGAAUCGAAAACCAAACCGGUUCAAGACCCGAACGGUUGAGUGCAACAAGCUAGAGUCUGAGCUCAGGGUACUAACAUGUAUCCACACUACACGUAACCUUUCAGGGAUGAUCUACCUCCUCGAGUGCUCCAAUGGCGGAAAGCAGUACCCAAUAUCCGUUUUCGCCCUCCACUUGGUCCAGCUCACCGAUCGACGUGCCACGGCGAUGCUGAUCAUCCACGAAAACAACAACAACAAGAAGAGGAAUAAAAACAGUACUAUUAGCAACUCCCACCACAGUAUCGAAGGACCGGGUCAGAACCUGACCCGUCGAGAGGAGGAGUCGAAUCACAUCAUCGCGACUUUUGAGAGCCUCGAGAAUCGAGGUGCCUCGGUGUUUGCUCAGUCGCUCACCGUCGUGUCCCCCUACGCCACAAUGCACGAGGACAUCACCUGCCUAGGGGACGACAAACAGGUGACGCUGAUAUUGAUCCCUUUCCACAAGCAAGCUGAUGUCUACGGGAGGUUGCAAGAGGAGAACUCGAGCUGGAGGAUGGUGAACAAGAACCUCAUGGCGACGGCUACUUGCUCCGUAGGAAUACUCGUGGACCGUGGACUGGGCUCCAAGGAUGUAAAAACACAUUCGAAAUCGUCGUUUACUGUUGUCUUCAUCGGAGGUCCGGAUGAUCGAGAGGCCCUUGCACUUGGUUGGAGGAUGGCUAAAUCGCCCGAUGUCAACCUCACCGUCCUUCGACUCCUCCCCACCAACGACAAUCACGACGACGACGAUGUGGAUUGUGACAUUGAAGAAGUGACGGUCGAAGGAGGAGGCACAAUGAGGAGCAAGAGAGGGGAAAAAGAGCUAGACAACGAGUACGUGAACGAGUUUAGGUUCAGGACCAUGCACGACGAGAACAUAAACUACGUUGAGAAGCGAGUGAAUGACGGGGACGAGGUGAUCACGAUGAUCGGGCGAGUGGUGCCAUCUUGCGAUCUCUACAUACUGGGCCAGAGCAAGAACGCGAGACGAUCGUCCAUCAUGUCGGGGUUGUCUGAGUGGACCGAAUGCGACGAGUUGGGUGUCUUGGCAGACACGUUACUGGCUUCCGAAUUCGCACAACGUUCUUCUCUUCUUGUUAUCAAGCAACAUUAUGUGCCCGGGAUGCGUAUGUGGAUUCGUCGCAAUGGCAACAACAACAACAUAAACAAUAAUGACAACAAUAAUCGGGUGCCAUUAGGGUUUUCCAAUAGUAGCGUCCACAAUGUUUCUAAUGAUUUGGAGAUCACCAACCGGCCGUCCACGGUUACAAUAUCCCAACCCCAAUGGAAUUCUUAA